AUGCCAAAUGAGCUUCUGAGUCAAAGAGCUUACAGCUCAGUAGCAAAUUGCUCGGCUUCGAUUUCGUUGAACAGCUUCAAGGACAACUACUUCAAAACAAAGCAACCUGUGAUUCUCAAGGGCUAUUUUUCGCAGCUUGCAGCAAUGAAUAAGUGGCCCGAGCAUGACUUUGCCGCUCUUCAUCGGUAUGGCGAUGUCCUUGUGCCUGUCGAGCUCAGUGCUGGUUCCGCUUCCUAUACAUCUACAGCUGAAACCUUUGAACAAGUAGAGUUGCCACUCGCUCAGUUCCUGACAUUUUUGUCGCAUGCUCGGAGUUCUGCUGAGCAAGGUAUCCCGCUGGGUGACGUCAAGGUUUAUUUGGCUCAACACGCUCUAUUUGACACGAUCCCCGAGCUGUAUGUCGACUGCACUCUGCCGUCAUUUACUGAAACAAACGGCAAGCGUGUACCAGCGUUGUGCAUGGCAGGCCGUGGAGAUCUUUACAACAUCAAUGUGUGGCUUGGCUAUGCAACACAUACGCCACUUCACCGUGAUCCAUAUUGCAACAUUUUUGCCCAGCUGUUUGGCUCAAAGCGUGCUAUUCUCUUCCCACCAGAGGCACGCGAGUACCUCAAGAUGCACCAGAAUCCGCUGCAUAGAAACACAAGUACCAUCAACGACGUUUUCAAUGUUGAAGCACAACGAAGCCUUCCGAUAAACGUACAGACUCAAGGUCUAGAAUGUUCGCUCGAAAGUGGAGAUGCGCUCUAUGUUCCUGAAGGUUGGCUCCACAGUUUCAAAGGCUCGCCUGGUAUGAGCGGUAGUGUCAAUUGGUGGUUCAGAUGA